AUGUCCGAACGAGGAUCGUUCCGAGGCCGCGGCGGUCGCGGCGGUGGUCGUCAGCCACAGCAGAAAAGUGGCGGUGGUGGCAGUGCACAGGAGAAGCCCAAGAAGGAAAACAUCCUCGAUCUCAAUAAGUAUAUGGACAAGCAGGUCCAGGUCAAGUUCAAUGGUGGACGUGAAGUUACCGGUACUCUCAAGGGUUAUGAUCAGCUCAUGAACCUCGUCCUCGACGACGUCAAGGAGUCCAUGCGUGAUGAUGAGGGUAACCAGACUACCCGCUCGCUGGGUUUGAUCGUUGCUCGUGGCACACUCAUCGUGCUCAUCUCGCCUGCGGAUGGAAGUGAGGAGAUCCCCAACCCGUUCUUGCAGCCUGAGGAGUAA